CAAAACUUAGGCCAUAAGGUGAUCGCUCUGAACAGAAAACGAUGGAAGGAAGGAGGCGACUCGAAAAUCAUUAUUCUGAGCCACCUAACAGACAUAACGUUGAACUCCAUUUUUGCGAAAACCCGGCGUUCAACAGCUUAGAUAGAGCUCCUUUUACUCCCAACAGCAGCGUGUUUAAAAAUCGCCCUCCAAAGCAACCACAUGUUGAGAACACGAGGAGCCGUCGGUAUCAGACAAACGACAGACUGUCUCGGUCUUCUUCAGGACGAAUGCGAUGUCUGGUGGCUUUGAAUAUUCUGUUAUUGGUAUUGACAGUCCUAUGCCUAGGUCUUACAAGUUACGUGUGCUAUAGGAUGAUUUUUCAGAAAGAGGCUGAAGUGGGAUCAAACGGUUGCGACAGUGAUUUGCGCGCUGAAGGUGAGAAGUUCCAGAAAAUUACCUCUGAAAAUAUGAAAGAACUGCGGACGAAUAUUUCGAGCAUGGAAAACUUAAAAAAAAACUUUACCUUCCUUCAGGAAGCUAUCAGUGAUUUAAACGCAGAAAGAAUUCAUCUGCUUGAAUCUGUAAAAAUGAUUUCGAAUAAUUUGACAAAGUUGAGGGAAGAGUAUGAGAAGACUCGACAACAAGUUUUACACAACAGACGAGCGAUUACUUACCUCAACGUAAGUUCUUUAGAGCACGAGGAUUUGUCCGAUUUGUGGCGCAAAUUGAAUUCGUCAGAAAAUGAACUCCUGGAUGUCAAGAAACAGGUGAUUAACAUGUCCAAGAUUGUCCCACCCAGGGGACUUCCAGGGUAUAACGGUACACAGGGCCCAGUUGGUGGUCCCGGACCAGUAGGACCGCGUGGAUUGCCAGGUCCUGGAGUCAAUCUAACGCUUUGUCAAUACAAAACAAUUAGCUCUGGAGGUUUUACUGCUGAUCCAAGCGCAAGGCAAUCAAUAUCUGCAAAAGAACAAAAAGGCACAAGAAUAAUCAGCGUGCAUUGUGACACAAAUGACGCCAAAAAUUGGCGAUUAGAAUCCACUGUUAAUGGCCCAGAAAGAAAGUACGUGUGUAAGUGCGAAGGAACACUUACUACAGGAGAAGCAACCAUGUAUUGUUACAUUCAUUACUGGGAAUGUCCUACUUGACUCCACUCCAUUAUAUACCAUGGCAGUUCUGCUGGACUCUCUUUGGCCUAACGAUGGACAAAUCGCAUGAACCCUUCGACUCCCAUGAGUGACCCAAGAGAGAAUUUCUUCUUACAGUGUCAAUGCAAUAUCAAGCAGAUAAGAAAGGACAGAUCGACGUUGAUUCAAUACCAAAUUCUCCAAACUAACAUCAUAAGAAUUCUGUGGCAGACAGUAAGGAGAAUUACCGACGAGUGAAAGGGUUAAGUAGGCUGUUCCAAGCCCUUACUCGGUGAAGGCGAGUGAAAGAGCGACGUUUUUUAACUUUUUUUUUUUUUCGGCAUUUUGGUGGGAGAGUAAAAGAGACCUCUGCUCCUAAAUUCUUAUUCUUCUUUCGAUCAUCCGCCUCUCUGUUUUCACACUCUCCGUAAUCUAGGUUCCACUCACAUCAUUCCCUCGGCCUCCAUUACGGUGCUUGUCCAUUUUUCUACCCAUUCAUCCAUCCAUCCAUCUAUCUAUCCAUCUAUUCACUCAUCUAUUUAUCCAUCCACCCACUUUUUUAGAUCCAAAAAAAGCCUUUGACACGGUAUACCACCAGCCUUUGUUUACUAUAAAUCAGAGUAUACCGGAGUGCGUGGCCAUGCCUUAAAAUGGUGUAAAUUUUACACCGUAAACACUCUUAUUUAUUAAAAGGAUUUCAGAUCGUACAUGUAAACGGAGUACUCUUCUAAAGAAGCCACUCUAUGGUGUGGAGUUCCCCAUGUCAAGGGUCGAAGCUUGGGCCACUUUUAUUUC